GCAUCGCCUGGUUGAUUAAAUUUUGUACUCAAAAGGACCGAGAAACAAGUACCAGUGGAGAAUAGUCUUCAAAGUUGACUUCUCACAACAGAUGGUAGAUGUCACUCUUGGGCUUGACUCAUUCCAUCUUGCUUUGCUUUGUCGCCUCAAAAGUAUAUUUACACUAUAAUGGAGUUAAAAUAAGUCAAGUAUAGGAUCAAAGGGCAAAACGAGCAGGAAACUGAUAAAUACCAGUGGGGGAAAAUCAAAGGAAAGGAAAGGAUUUGAUCCUUGCUGAGACAAUUGUGGAAUUAAUUGCCAAGUUAACCACCCUGUCUUGGGGUUUCCCUACUGAUGGCCAACCAAGAGAUUACAGCCCUUGUGGUGGACAACAGCACUAGGAACUGCAGAGCAGGGUUUGCAGGAGAGGACCUGCCCCGAACAGUACUUCCUCCCGUCAUAGGGAGGCCCAAGCAGCAGAGUGCAGUGGAAGACGCCACCGGACAGGCCUAUUAUGUGGGAAGCGAUGCUCAGAGCAGGAGAGACACCCUGACCUUGAAGUACCCCAUUGAAAAUGGCUUUAUUACCAACUGGGAUGACAUGGAGAAAAUCUGGCACCACAUUUUCUACAACGAGUUGCGGGUGGCUCCAGAGGACCGUCCAGUCUUGCUGUCUGAUCGCCCCGUGAACAUUAGAAGCGACCGGGAGAAGAUGACCCAGAUUAUGUUUGAGAGCUUCAAUACGUCCGCCUUCUACCUGGCCAUCCAAGCCGUUCUCUCUCUCUUUGCUUCCGGCCGCACCACUGGAGUAGUUGUGGAUAUAAAGAACAACCGGAUGGAUCCCGUCCCCGUCUACGACGGCCAGGCGAUCCACCGAGCUUUCUUCCGUGCGGACCUCUCCGGCGAAGACCUGACCGACUUCCUCCUGCAGAUGCUGAAGGAAAGAGGCUACCACAUCCAACCAGAAGAGAGGGAGACGGUGGAGGACAUCAAGGAGAAGUUUUGCUACGUAGCCCUGGAUUUUGAGAAAGAAAUGGCCGCCGGUACGCCCGCCUCUUUGGAGAAGCAGUAUGAGCUACCCGACGGGCAAGUGAUCACCAUCGGCACCGAGCGUUUCAGGUGCCCCGAAGGCCUCUUCCGAGUCGAACACAUGGGUAAAAUAUAUGGUGGCGUCCAGGACAAUCUCUUUUGUGCCAUCAUGAAAUGUGACCGGGACCUCCGCGGCACAAUGUUUAAAAAUGUCGUGCUGGCAGGUGGCACCUCCAUGUUCCCUGGCUUUGCUGAAAGGUUGCAGCCGGAGGUGGUGGCACUGGCUGCCCAAAAUACAGAGGUCAAGAUCUUUGCCCCCUCAAAUCGCACCUGCUCAGCAUGGAUUGGGGGAUCCCUCUUAGCUUCUCUUUCUUACUUUCAGCAUAUGUGCAUCAGCAAACAGGAGUAUGAGGAAUUUGGCCCAGCUAUUGUACACCGGAAGUGCUUUUGAGGGUUUGGGGGUUUUUUUUUGCUGCUUCCGUUCACUAUCCACAUGUCGAAGUGGUAUUAGAAGCAGAAUAACAGAGUUGGAAGGGACCUUGGAGGUCAUCUAGUCCAACCCCCUGCGCAGGCAGGAAACCCUAUACCAGUGGUGGCAAACCUAUGGCAUACAUGCCACAGAGAAGGCUCUGAGUGCCGCCUCUGGCACCCGUGCCAUAGGUUCACCACCACUGCUCUAUACCAUUCCAUGCCUGGCCUUUUUUUAUAGAAUUGGCAACCUGAAAGGGAAUGGUUGUUUUAAGCCAGGCAUGUCAAACUGCCGGCCCACAGGCCGGAUGCAUCACAUCAAAACCACGCCUACCCCACUGCCAGCAAUGGGGGGGGGGAAGCCGCGAUACGUCACGUGAUGUCGCAGUUUUGACGUGCCUGUUCUAAGCGGUCCCAGUUUGUAAUUCAUUUGGCAUAUUGACUCUAUUAAUCCUAAGGCACAAAGGAUGGAAACUUUUUUUUAAAAAAAGAAUAAUCAUCCUACUUGUAAGAUCAGUAUCUGAAUCUGUAAUUGAUAUUGCUGGAAUAUCUACUUUUUCUCUCUUAUCUAUAUUCAGUUCUCUAAGGCACCUUAUUAGUUAGUACCCUAUUAUUAGGAAUCUAAUUAUAUGCUAUCAACAUUGCAUUGAAAAAACAUACCAAAAUGGAGAAAAUGGAGUGAUAGAUGGUAUAAAUAAAUAAAUAAAUUUAGCUGUUAAUAAAUGGAUUGAGUUUUAUGGAUAUAUCUUUUUGCUUCCUCGAACGCCUCUCAUUUAAUUACUACUUUGUAUAUUCUUUUCUGAUUUUAAUAGUCCUGUUAUAUUUAUAGUUCUUCUUCACCCUAUUUUCUGGUGGUUAUUUGUCACCAAUGCUAUUUUUUUUUUUUAAAGAAAAGAAAACUAAAGAAAGAUUUUUGACUGGAGAUGACAAAUUGGGCCUUUCUUGCCUCUACAAAUUUGGCAUGGUUGUGUGCCAGAUACGGGUUUUUGUACUGUGGAUUUUUAAUAUUUUUAAGCCUCCAGGAGCCACAGCGUGUGAGUUGGACAAUCCUAUAAAUUUUAACAAAUGAAUAAUUGCUUCA